AUGGUAGUCACACGAGGAGCAUCGACAUCAGCUGGUGAGAAGGAUAGUGACUACACUUUGCAAGCUGCUGCAGCGGCAUCAACGGGCAGCUCGGUCUUCGGAGGCGGAAAGACAAACACCAACUCAACGCUCUCGGUUCCUCUCAAGCGCAAAAUGACCCAUCAGAAUCUCGAGACCAUCACUAUCGACCCAAUGUACGAUCUUACGCUCAUUGUCGGGACUCCGGAACACACCAAAGGCCAGAAAGCGUUCCAGGUCAGCAAGGGUGUUUUCCGGAACAUCAGCGCAGUCUGGGCGAAGAUGAUGAACGGCAAUUGGGCUGAGAGUAGCCAAUCAGAGAUUUGCCUACCCGACGACAGCUGUGAGGCGUUGCAUAUUGUUCUUCAAAUCGUGCACUUCCAACUGUCAAAGCUACCCGAAAAACUCUCGCGGGAAGAACUUGUUGAUCUGUCAGUUCUGACGGACAAGUACCAACUCGCGAACGCCGUCAGGGUGGGUCUCGAAAUGAAGAAAUGGAUGGAGCCUCACAAGAAGGCCUACAUGUCACGACCAUCGGACGCAGCACUCCAGGAUUUUAUUGUCAUCACAUUCGCAUUCAGCCUCCAGGGCGACUUCGAAUAUCUCGUCAGUCGCCUGGCGACGGAGCUAGAGGUUGACGCUCAGGGUAAAUUCUACUAUCGUGACGGCAAGCAGAAGCAGAAGCAGAUUGUGUUGCGGUCAGACCUGCCUACUUCCGUAUCUGGUACGGGUCGAGUACUACCAAAGAGCUUUCAAAACAUUGACCUUUGA